UUCAAAGAUAUAAACGAAAUUCUCAACUUCCCUAUAGAAUCGUCGCAUGCCUAUUCCUACGCCCAUCUUUCGCCCAACUCGUUGGCUCUCCGUCUUAAUGUGCUCAAGAGAUCAUUAGAGAUCCUUAAAGACAGACCAGACUUAUUCAAAUGGCAAUUUUUGCUGAGUGAACCUCCUUCCAUUCACUCCGAAAAUCAUUCGGGAACAAACUCUCCACGCAUACCUUCGGUGCACCCGUUGUACACUCACGGAAACCUCAGCACAGAGAUAAUUGACACUAUUGGUAAUCAAAAGUAUAAAGUACAGAAUAACGCAUCUUCUGCCGCAUUGGCAGCGUUUUUUAGACCUCCCCUUAAGAGAUCUGAUAGUCUUCCCAUUACUUCUGAAUCCGCAGAAGAAAUCGACGACCUGUUGCAACUUCCAAAGGUAACAAGAGUAGUCUCGAGUUCUGCUACUUUUUCACACGACAGCAUCUUGAGAGACGACUUGAAGGAUAUAAUCACAUUGUUGGAAAACGACCUUGAUUCGUUAGUAAGCAAAAAUUCGGAGAUAGCUUCAACAUUGCACGAUUUAUCCUUAUCUAAUAACGAUAAAGGUGAUGGUAUCACGACUAAAGAUAACCAUUUGCGGUAUGAGUUUGUCAAGAACAAGUUGCUUUAUGCAUUGGCUACUCCAUUUGUAGAGAAUUCAGCUAUGACAUCUUCUCUUUUGCAAAGCGAUGGCUCGAGUUCUACUUCCAGCAUACCUGUCCGUCCUUCUACUACAGCAUUGAACAUGUUAAACAACAAUUACACCACACAGCCACCUCCUUCCAGUAACAGUCGUCCUUUUCAUGCCAUGCCGGCGGGAAAGCACACAUUGCCUCAGUCUGUAUUCACAGUAGAGGUAGAUACUCCCUGGUCUGUGAAAGCUGCUAACGAUUUAGCCUGUCUUAUGUUUGGUGUUCUGAAGAAUAUGAUCAGAGCCCUAACAUUGAUGGACUUGAUAGCUCCACAGUUCCGAGACUUUGUCUCUGACAGAUUGACGAAGUACAUGCAAGAAGACUUGGAGACUUCACUCAAGAUGAAACGUAACUCGGGCAACAUGAAACAGAAGAACAUCUUGUUUGCUGGAGAGAUUGUAGCCAUAGCCAGACCUGGUGAUCAGAACUAUGCCUGGACAUCUAUGUGGGCAAAAAGGAAAGGAAAUUUGAUCAUUUGUAUGUUUGAUCAGAUUCCCUGUGAUGCAUUUGAUAUUGUCAUAGCCAAAAACAAAGAGGAUGUCAAAAACAAUGGAUCCUACAAUAUUCAAUCUAUAAAUGAAAUUGCAGGCAAGUUCAUCGAUCUGCUUGAUAUCCUGAAGUUCACCAAGUUAGAUGACGUCAGCGACACUUUAGCUGCAGAAUUGUCUGACGGCGAUCAGAGCAUUAUAGAUGAUCCAAUGGACGAAGAUGAUUAUGAGCUGGCGCAGGAUGUGGCUGAUAGUGAAUUAAUCAACCAUACGCGUUAUUACACUUUGCAAUUUAAGGGCGAAGAAAACAUUCCCUGUGCCAUCACUUCGAAUCCACUUGAAAUCGAUCUGAACCGGUAUGAAAUAAAGUUGAAAAUACAUGCCAUGCCUUACAUCGCUGGUAUCUUUGUCAUUAGCUCCAGCAACUACACGAUAUUGUCGUGUAACAACGCCAUUGCUAAGAACAUGUUCGGUAAAUCUUCGCAAGAAUUGAAUCAUCAUUCCAUUGAUGAGAUCAUUCCCAACUUUACGAAGAUCCUAACAGCUGGUUUGGCUGAUAACUCUGAUUCGACCAGACUUUUGCCUGGUCUCGUACUUCCUGAGCAUUUUUUUAGAAAGUAUGAAGCUAUGUUGGAAAGUGAUAAUGGUCACACCCUGAUAGCGGAAGAGUUGUUCUUCAAUUCCAGAGGUAUCAAAGGUUUACAUCGUGACGGAAAGACGAUUCAUGUAGAUGUUCAAGUCAGAGCUUCCUCUUACGACACGUUAGUUCUAUGGGUGACGUAUUCUCGUGCUUCCACGAAACGGAAUAUCUCCAGUGAAUUGGAUCGACUCAAUUCUAGCACCUCUUCUCUUUCAUUAUCUUCUGAUGGUAAAUCUGUCAUUUCAUUGACUUCCUUGUCGGAUACAAAGACGAGAGGCAACACUAAUUUGCCGUCUCAAUUAAAGUUGCUUCCUAUAACGCAAGACUUUCUUGAUUUUACUCCAACAAAAGAUGAGAUACUCAGAAAGAACAGUACCAGGCAGCCCAAAAAUGGUUCUUUCGGAAUUCCCGUAAGCAGAUUGAACUCUUCACUAGAAAAAGCCAUUUCGAUAGAAAAACUCAACCAGAAUCUUGAAAUCUUCCAAAAUAGGAGAGUAAUAUCUGAUGGUUCCAAUACUUUAACUACUAUCCCUAUAUCUCAAGACUCUACCGAAACACAAGCUACAACUGCCAGCGGUAUUCAAAGUGAUAUUUCCAAGUUCGACAACAGAUCAUAUCACACUUACACCGAAGAGGAGAUUUUACUACACGAACAGCGUAUGCUUGACGAAAAGAUGGCAAAGUCUACCCAAUGGCCCAAGGAAGUGGGGAGCAGAAGAAGAACCAAGAAGUUUUCAGAAUUUGUAGUCUUGAAAGAUAUGGGAGAAGGUGCGUAUGGUAAGGUGGUGUUGGCUCAGCAUAAAGAAGAUCCGAUCUACAACAUCAUCGUGAAGUGCAUUGACAAAGAAAGAAUCUUGGUAGAUACCUGGGUUAGAGACAGAAAGCUCGGCACAAUUCCAUCAGAAAUCCAAAUUAUGGCAUACUUGAACUCGGAGCCACAUCCUAAUAUCAUGCGUAUUAUCGACUUCUUUGAGGAUCUGAAGUAUUAUUACUUAGAGACUCCUAUAUUUGGAGAUCCUCCAGCCAUUGAUUUGUUUGACUUCAUUGAAGUUAAGAAAAAUAUGUCUGAAUUGGAGUGCCAGUUCAUUUUCAAACAGAUUGUAUCAUCAAUCUACCAUUUGCACAAACACGGUAUUGUCCAUCGCGACAUAAAGGAUGAAAAUGUCAUUGUAGACGAAAACGGGGUUAUCAAGCUUAUAGAUUUUGGUAGUGCCGGUUACACCAGACUGGGACCCUUUGAUGUCUUUGUAGGUACCAUUGACUAUGCAUCUCCAGAAGUGUUGAGAGGUGAAAAGUACGAAGGUAAACCACAAGAUAUAUGGGCUUUAGGAAUCUUGUUGUAUACGAUGAUGUACAAAGAGAACCCAUUCUACAACGUUGACGAAAUCAUGGAAGGUGAUCUUCGUGUACCUUAUGUGAUCAGUGAAGCUUCGUUGAAAUUAAUAGAGAAGAUACUUGUUAGGGAAGUAAACAAGAGGCCCACCAUCACGGAUAUAGUAGAAGACGAGUGGUUACAGAUAUGA